AUGAACUCAAAAUCUACCGAACCAGAGCCAGACCAACAAAAUGUUGAAAAGCUGAGAGAGAAACCAGCCGCUGUCGAGGCCGUAAAGCAACCCGAUAAUACCGACAAUGGAGAUUCUAUUAAUGAGCUUGAACGAUGGAAUAGUCCUCGAAUCAAUUCUUACCGCUUUUAUGCGACCAAUCUCUCAUUUCUUAUCAUGGGAAUGAAUGAUGCAUCUCUAGGAGCUUUGUUGCCAUAUAUCGAAACGUAUUAUGGCAUAAACUAUACCACAGUCUCUACCAUGUUCCUUGUUCCUGUUGCGGGCUACGUAGUUGCAGCGCUCACCAAUAACUGGAUUCACUACACCUUGGGCCAGCGGGGAGUUGCCAUCCUCGGGCCUCUCUGCCGUCUUGUUGCUUACAUACCAGUGGCACUUCACCCUCCAUUCCCAGCACUACCUUGUGUCAUGCUUUUCACUGGGUUCGGCAACGGGAUACAGGAUAGUAGCUACAAUGCUUGGAUCGGUAACAUGCAACGCGCCAACGAGCUGCUGGGUUUCCUUCAUGGCUCGUACGGUCUUGGUGGUACCAUCGGUCCUCUGAUAGCUUCUGCCAUGGUAACAGAAGGCAAUCUCUCUUGGUACACUUACUUCUACAUCAUGGCAGGCCUCGUAGUUGUUGAGUUUCUCGUUGGAACUGCUGCCUUCUGGAAGGCAACAGGCCAAGAGUACCGACGACGGGUUCGUUUCGAAGAAGGAAAAGACCGCGCCACAACACGCAUGGCUGUCAAGAAACCAAUUACUUGGAUAGUUGCUGUGUUUCUUCUAGGAUACGUGGCAGCUGAAGUCAGCCUGGGAGGCUGGAUUGUCACUUUCAUGCUUCGUGUCCGUCAUGCCAAACCGUUUCUUGCAGGCUUGACAGUAACGUUGUUCUGGCUGGGAUUAACGCUGGGCAGAGUUGUGCUGGGAUUUAUAACAGAGAGGACUGGUGAAAAGACAGCCAUCAUGGUAUAUCUCAUGCUCUCGAUUGGGCUGGAACUACUGUACUGGCUCGUACCUAACUUUAUUGCCUCUGUCAUCUUUGUUAUGCUUCUUGGUUUCUUCCUCGGACCCCUGUUUCCUGCUUCAAUGGUUGCAGCAACCAAACUUUUGCCUGCUGACUAUCAUGUGAGCGCCAUUGGGUUUGCCGCUGUAGUUGGAGGAGGAGGCGCCGCUGUAGGACCGUUUGCUGUUGGAGCGAUUGCUCAACACACUGGCGUCCAAGUUUUGCAGCCCAUAAUAGUUGGUCUUCUUGGAGCAAUCACUAUGGUUUGGCUGCUUCUGCCAGGAGGAUUUAGGAAGGGUGGAUUGGAGAGGGCCAGGGAAUUAAACAUGAAGCCAGGAGGAGACGUGAAAGAAGCUUGGUCUUGGGUCAAGCUUAAAGUAAGAAGUUCGAAAUGA